AUGAGGUUUGCCAAGCACGUGGUGGGCCUGAGCUGCCAGAUGGAGGCCUUUGACAGUGCAUGGGUGGCAGGGAUCUUCCGAGCUGCUGCCCAAAAUCGUCCCCUCCGGAAACAAUCGUCGGUUCUAACGGUGCCUGCAAUCCAACACCUCGAGUCACUGUUGGGGGAUGACAGCUUGGCCACAGUGGACCGGUACGCUACAGGUGUCUUCCUUUUUGCAAUUUUUGCGAGAGCCAGGUUUGGAGACUUGCGCCAGAUCUCAAGCAUUGUGAUUGAUGAGGCAAAUGCAGGAGUUGGUGACCAUUUGGGAUACUUGGCAGCGAAAUGCAGCGAAUUCUGCAUCUUCGAAGAUGAGAGCGACAGGAAAUCGCCUGGGGGUUUGGGAAAAGCGUCCUGGGGCAAGACCUUCAUCAACUUAGCUGCACAGGUCAACUUGGACUUCUCCACGUGGCGACCAGACGACCAGGCUGAACAGGUCACCAAGCUGCCACUUCCAGUGGCCCAGCCUGCACAUUCUCCGGAUGACUGGGUGUGCCCUCCAGUUGGUCCAUUGCGAGGGCAUGAGGAUGCAGGCCGUGAGUUUGCAGAUGCGCAGAGCGCCCCUUGGUCCACCUGA